CGCAGCGCAGCGCAUAUUUCCGUCAAUAAUCCAAUAGUCAGUCCCCCAAAAACCCCGCACGUCAUCCCCGAUCUGUGAAAAAUCAGUGACAAAACUAGUGGAAAUGUUGAUAUCCAAUGCCCCAGCGAUAAAUAACAGUGAAACCAAGUGCAUCUGGUAAUUAUUGUUACUAGCACUCGUCGUGAUGACGAUUAUCAUGACUAUCAUCACAACGAGGAAGUUGUUUUUAAACCCGUGCUUAAUAAGUUAUCCCUCACAACUACUCACAACUGCCGAUCAUAAAACAACGAAAUCGAUAAAUAUUGUACAGGAAUGAAAAAAACUUAAGGAAAUUGCUGGUUUACCUCGGGGGAUAAAUAAUCGAUUCUUACAGCAUCGGAUUAACACUCUGGUUGUCAACAGUGCUCCCCCAAGCCCCCCAAUUCCCCUCCAGAAUGAGCGCAGUGUGUGUUCUAACGUGAAGCCAAACUAAAAGCUCGUGAAGAUGGAGGUGAAUGUGUGUUCACGACGUGUGCACGACGGUUACGCGACGAUUCGUUCACGACCUAGGAAUCGUCCUAGGGCAGUAUACCGAUCGGACUCGGAGGAGUUCCUUAAAAUUCCUGAGGAUGCAUGCCCCCUGAGAACGAUAUCUGCGAUCCCGAUGGACCAGAUCCACCAGGUGCCACGCUGGUCUCCGACCACCAAGAACACACUCCUCGAGAACUACGGCACACUGAAGCGCCCGAAGAAGCCCAACGAGGCAGUGGUCAUACCUGAGAGGAAGACGUUGAAUACCUUCACUAGUCAGAGACCCCGAGAACUCAAUUCUCCGGAGAGUCUUUAUGACACAGUGGCACCGGAUUGCACCCCAGAUAGUCCGCAAAGCUCCCCAUCGGCUGCACCGCUCUCAAUCCUCAACCUAAACUGGUGUCAAUCUCCUCCAGAGGGUCAUCCCCCCAGGAUCAUCCCGGAGCGUUCGAAAGGACCUAUCUACGCCACACCUACAAUCCCCAUGAAGAACCCUACAAAAACUCCGCCCAAGGACGGUAACUACGUCCCCAGCGGCGAUCUUUACCGCACCACUGCGCGAUACAUCGAGGACAUCAACAAGAACCUUGCGGAGAUCGACAGGAGCUACGACGAGCUCAGUUACAACCCCCACACCUCCGGCUAUGGAGUAAUAACGAAAAUUCCAAAGACACCUACCUCGGAGGACUCAAAAAUUUACAGCUACCGAAAGCGAGACAUGGCACCGAUGCCACCAAUCUCUCCGGAUUUACUCGUUAAAACCGAUGAUGAGAAGAGCCCAACUCUGGACGCUCCUCGUGUUCCCCGUCGGUUCAACUCCUACGGUAAGCUUCCUCCAAAACCCUUGCCCCGUUCCUCCUCUAUGGAGAACAACUGUCGCCACUCGACCGGCUCCACGGGUACCACAUCAACCAAAUCCAGUGAAUCACUGUACGCGAUAAGCGAAAGUUUUACGGAAUUACCGAGAAGCAAAGUUGAGAGAGUGCUGACGGAUAACGGCGGGUGUACGUCGAGGAGAAGUAACUCGUCGACCUUGCGGUGGAGAGAUGAGAGCGAUUCAGGGGGAUUGGCCGGGUGCAAUGACCCCGGCACCGAGUCGGACGACGAGUCGAGACACGGAAGGCGACCCCGGGUCACCGGUAUACUCCGAAGAAGCCGAUCGAGAGUCGAAGAAGGGAGAAAGAGUGCGGCUUUGUCUGGGAUUAAUGAAGGUACUCGAAGGUGUGACACUCUACCCUGCAGGAGGCCCAAGGUCGCUGCUCAUCCUCUCCACAAGUCGAGUGAGGACGUUCUCGAUGGUGAGAGGAUGGUGGGUCUUCGACGAGCUUGUGCGAGCACGAUGGACAUCAGGAAUGGGGAUUUGAGGCAAAAUUAUCUGAUGGACGCCACCGAGAUGAUCAUGCAAGGUCAAAUGGAGAGGCGCCAAUUGACCGCAAGCUUUUCAUUGGAAUCGCGGGAAAAGAGAGAAAAAAGGGAAGAGAAUGAGGGUAGGGUAGAUAGAGAGAGUGAGAUGACGAUUGAGGGGUUUGCUACGUUGCCGAGACGUGGUAGUGGCAAGGAGCGGUCGAGUGAUCCGUCAAGUAGACGGUUCUCUGGGAACGUUAGCGGUCGCGCACUCGAACCACUGUACGAGCACGCGGUCAGCGAUCCCGUCAGGCCUAGGGACAGUACUAGUGUUAUUCCCUGGUGGGAGCUUGCUACCAAGAAGUAUCGACAUCGAAGUUGUCCCGCAUUGCAGGCCCACGUAGUGGCGGCGUUUGAGCAGUCGCUGUCGAACAUGACCCAGAGGCUACAGCAGCUCACGGCGACCGCUGAGAAAAAGGACUCUGAACUUCAGGAGCUGCGUGAAACGAUCGAGCGUUUGCGUCAGCAGGGUGCAGAGGCAGUGUUGACAAACAACGCAGCAACAUCAAACGGUCGUAGACACACCCUGGGUGAUUCAGAUUCAGGGACAACAGGCUGCGCCGGUUACACGAGCAAUCAAGGCUCCUCAAUGGCGCGUCAAUUGUCAGCCGACAGCGUAACAUCAUUGAACUCAAUAAGCAGUCAAUGUUCAGUGAGUAGUCACCACAAGAAGAAGGGCUGGCUGAGGAGUUCCUUCUCCAAGGCUUUCUCAAGGCCCAGGAAGAAUCGUCAUGGCUCAGUGUCAGACGCCGAGGACAACAAGGACAAUGGUUCAAUGAUCACUGGUGAACUCAGUGCGCCCAACAGUCCACGACUGCCCACCGCCCUAAAACACGACAAUUCUCAGCAAAAUAAUGGGGAAUCCAGUGAACAGAAAUCACCAGAGCAUGAUAAUUCGUUGAGUGGCAGUAAAAGUAGUUCAGCACUUUAUAAAACAGACACAACUGUCGAUGAACUGAAGAAUCAAUUGAGGGAGAAAGAUCUCGUCCUCACCGAUAUCAGACUCGAGGCACUGUCCUCCGCUCAUCAAUUGCACUCCCUCAAGGAACACUUCAAUAAGAUGCGGAAUGAGAUGAUAAACCUGAAGCAGGAUAACGAGCGUCUGCAGCGUCUGGUGACGUCGAAAUCGCUGACGUCGUCACAAUCAUCAUUGCGGAGCGACCCAGAGCGUCGAUUUAGCAUGACGGAGGUGCCGUCAACAGGAGGUCUCGCAAACGGUGGUGAUCACACGUCAACAGUUGACCAGCUCGAUGACAUAGGUGUGCCGGAGCAUCCGCUGGUUACCACCAACGCUCCAACAGAGCCAGUGAUCGAGGACACAGAUGGGAAGAGAAUAAAUGUUGCAGUGUACCUGGGCAGUGAGAAUAGUUUCAACCUGAACCUGACCUCGGGCCAGGAGGGGAUUAUUGGUGAGCCAGCGCACUGCAUAAUAGCCAAUGUAUGCAUCUCUAACAAGACCUCGUGGGACAGCCUCGACUCGACAGUUCGUCGUUGCCUCAAGGAUUACGUCUCUAGGGUGGAUCCGAUCAAUAAUUUGGGGUUAGGAGUGGAUUGCAUAUCGGCUUAUCACCUGGGAGAGGCCUCGAGGUGCACCGCAGAGCCUCAGUACCCGGAAUUGCUGCCCUGUGGAUAUCUCGUAGGCCACGUCAAAACCAUUUAUCUGGUCCUCUCUGGCUAUUCGUGGCUGGCCAUCGACACGUUGAUCCCCAAGUCCAUCGUUCAGAGGCUCAUCUCAUUGUUCAACGAUCAUCGCCGGGUUAUCCUCUGUGGACCCAGUGGCACUGGAAAAAGUUAUCUGGCUGGCAAACUAGCUCAUGCACUCGCUGGUUCAGACUCAGAGGCUGGAGACCCUGCGGCUGUUGCAACAUUCAAUCUUGAUCAUAAAUCCAGCAAAGAGCCCAGGGCUUUCCUCGGGCACAUUCUCCAGAGAUGUGCAUCCAAUGCAGGUGAUGAGCUACCGCGAGUGAUAAUCGUGGAGAACCUCCAACACGCGAGUUCCCUGACCGAACUCUUCGGUGGACUCAACGCUAAGAACAAAUCAUUCCCUGCCAUCAUUGGCACAAUGAGCCAGACCACCUGCAACAUCACCAAUCUUCAGUUAAUUCACAACUUCAGAUGGAUUAUGUGUGCCAAUCAUAUGGAGCCUGUCAAGGGUUUCCUCGGGAGGUUCUUGAGGAGGAAACUGUUGGAGCACGAGCUGAGGGAGUGUGGAGGAAUGCGAAAUGCAGAGAUGGCAGCUGUUGUGGAGUGGAUGCCGAGGGUGUGGUUGCAUCUCAACAAAUUCUUGGAGACACACAGCAGCUCCGAUGUAACCAUUGGACCUAAGUGGUUCCUAGGGUGCCCCAUGGAGGUGGCUAAUUCACAGGUGUGGUUUACUGAUUUGUGGAAUUACUCGGUUAUUCCCUACCUUGUGGACAAGGUGCGACAGGGACUCGAGCUUUAUGGAAGGAGAACAAGUGGCAAUGGCAACACGGAUGGAGCCUGGGAGGACCCCACACAGUUCAUCAUUAAUAGCUAUCCUUGGGUCGCUACCCAGGCUGUUCAUGGUGGGUUCAAGGCUCUCGUACCGUUAAAACCUGAGGACGUUGGCUAUGACGAUGAGGAUCCUUCUGGCCACACUGCUGGAGUUGGCAGCUCUAGUGUUAAGAGCCUUGGCAGUACACACAGUGACACUGAUGGUGAUCCUUUGUUGAACAUGCUGAUGAGACUGCAGGAGGCAGCCAACUACUCGAGUCCCCACAGUAACGACAGUGACUCAGCAACAUCCCUGGACUCCUCCAACACUCGCCACUCCGAGGAUCUCACCGCUUCGAGAUCAUCUAACACUGGGGUAGAAUCAGCUCUCUAAAUAGUAUAGAUUUGCAUUAACCAUCGGUAACUAUUCUAACGAGUCAGGCACAUUGAGAACAAGUGUUUCGUCUUUUUUUUUCGACGAUUCCAAAUCGAUUCUCAUGUGCAUGUGCGAACUGUUAAACGAGACAAAUAAUUUAUGAAACUGCCUAGUAAAUUCGUAACCCACUAGUUCCGUCGUUGUGAGGCUAGCUAUUUAGUCUUUUAGUUACAUGGCUGAGGAAUAAGUAAAUAAAUAAAUUAAGUAAUAGACAUUUUAAACUUACCACAACUUGAAACAAAAAAACAGCCAUUCCAAAAAAUUUUCAAUUCCAUCAGCGACAGCUUAUGGAAUAUCGAAAAUAUUAUUUGUCACGAAGAGUUCCAGCAAGUGCAGUUUUGCCUCAAUGAAUGUCUCAAGGUCUAAUGGUGUUUAAAUAAUUGAAAAAAGGCGAUAAUUCAGUGUUUCAACGUAGAGUGGAUGACUCGUCAUCGAAUAAACACAGCACCUAAAGAGAAUCCUAAUGAAAAGAACUUGAUUAUAUUUUUAAGAGACUUUAGACAACUCGAAUAGCAUACAAUGGGGAUCUAUUGAAGUCUAGUGCCUGAGUGGCGAGGAUAAAUUCUUUCUGAUGAAAUACAGUAUUAACAGGCUCGAAUGAAUUCCAUCGUUCUUGAAUCCAACCCCGGGCAUGGAAUUUUCCACGAUUUUUUUAUUAUCCAGGAGGAAAAAACGUGGAACGAAUGUGAAUCAUGACGGUUUGUCUAUGACUCAUUGUGCUCGGGAGUAAUAUAUUUAUACAGAAACAGAUCUGCAUGGAGAUAACAAAAGGCUAUAUUUAAUUGGGCGAAUGGAGAAUGUUGAUAAUAUAUAAUAAACGAAAAUAAUGGCGCUGAAUUUUAUAUAAAUGUACGGAAUCAUCAUUAUAUAUUCUGAUUGAAAUUUAUACUAGCCAGUAAGAUACGUGAGUAAUUCUGGUCAUAUGUAAUUUGUAAAUAGAACUUGUAACGCGAGUAAAGUGACGGGAUUGUGAAGAUGCACAUGAUUAAGGGAAGGAAUCGUUGCGGAUGCUAUAAAAAUAUCACUCAACAUGUGAAAUGUCAUUUCCAUUGAAGCAAACAAUUCGAUGGAUUUUAAACUGUAAAAAUGGGUAAUUUGUAUCGCGAAUUUGCUCCAAUUUUUCAUGUAACCACUGCUGGGAAAAAUUACAACUUCUAACGUUUUUUAUUGUACAUGUAUUGUGAUACCAAUUUUUUCAGAUAAAAUCUCUUUAGCCCACUUGGGAGAAUGGGGAUGGGAAAACAAUAAUGAAGGAUUACAGUCUAGAAAUUUUAGGUAUGACAGGAUCAAUGUGGAUGUGUGUGGUGACGAAUUAUACAGUCGCGUUUACAGAAUUUUUUACGUUUGUACCGCUAUUUGUACGCUGUACUGGCGCCUGCACCCUGACUUUCCCGAAAUAAUAAUCAUAAUUGUGUCAUAAAUAAAAUUAUAAAUCGUA